AAGCAAAUGCGCGCAGAGAGAUGCAUCUGGCCAAGGCGCUGCUGUUCGUCCUCCUCCUCAACUGCGCGACCCUGAGCUCCCCACUGUCCACUUGUGCCACUGUGGACCUGGACCACGUGAAGAGGAAGAGGGUCGAGGCGAUCCGAGGUCAGAUUCUGAGCAAACUCCGGCUCACGAGUCCCCCGCAGUCCCUGGGACCGAACAAAGUCCCGUACCAGAUCCAGGCGCUGUACAACAGCACGAAGGAGCUGCUGGAGCAGCUGGGGAGGGACAGGAGGCAGAGCUGCGGGCAGGACAACUCAGACACGGAGUACUAUGCCAAAGAGAUCUACAAAUUCAACAUGCUGUACGGACCGCCUGAAAGCAAUGAUCUAUUCUACUGCCCUAAAGGCAGCUCGAAGAUUUUCCGCUUUAACGUCUCACCCAUGGAGAGGAACUCCACCAACCUCUUCAGAGCAGAGUUUCGGGCCCUGAAGGUCCCAAACGCCAGCGCCAAGAGGAGUGAGCAGCGGAUUGAGCUCUACCAGAUUUUGAGGCCAAACGAGCACAUCAGGAAGCAACGCUACAUCGGAGCUAAGAACGUUUUGACCAGAGGUUCUCCGGAAUGGCUCUCCUUCGACGUGACUGAAACGGUGCGGGAGUGGCUGAUAAACAGAGGAACCAACCUGGGUUUGGAGAUCAGCGUGCACUGUCCCUGCAACACCUUCGGCCCAAAUGGAGAAGUCAUCGACAAUGAAAACAAAGUGCUGGAGGUGAAGUUUAAAGGUGUUGAUGGAGAGGAGGAGUACAGCCGCUUGGAUCUGGAUAAUCUGAAGAAGAAUAAGGAACAACAUCUUCCUCACCUCCUCAUCAUGAUGCUCCCACCCCAUCGCCUGGAAACUCAGUCCACACGCCGACGCAAAAGAGCGCUGGACACGAGCUACUGCUUCUCAAACACAGAGGAGAACUGCUGCGUCCGCCGACUCCACAUCGAUUUCAGGCGUGACCUGGACUGGAAGUGGAUCCAUGAGCCAAGUGGGUACGAUGCCAACUACUGCUCGGGGCCCUGCCCUUACCUGAGGAGCUCAGAUACAACGCAUAGCUCGCUGCUGAGCCUGUACAACACUCUGAAUCCAUCCGCCUCGGCCUCCCCCUGCUGCGUGCCUCAGGACCUGGAGCCCCUCACGAUACUCUACUACUCUGGACGGACCCCUAAGGUGGAGCAGCUCUCCAACAUGAUCGUCAAGUCCUGCAAAUGUAGCUGAAAGGACACACAGAGGACAGGUUGUAUGGCAGGGACUUCACAGACCCAAUCCAUGAGCAAUUUUUUAGAUUUUUGUUGUUGUUAAAGACUCUGAGCUGUGACGUAAGC